AAUUUGACGGAUCUCGUAUAAUGUAUACCUUUCGACUCUGGUUUGUGCUGUUGAUAACAGUAUUAGACUCAGUUGAUUCUUACGGUUAUUACAGAGAAGCUAUCCCCAAUGGAGAAAGUGUCCCACAUCCAUGUAAAAGUAAUUAUAUUUGGAAAGGUGUUGGACAUCGAUUGGUAGAAGGAGGAAAAUCUAGAAAUCCUUUUGGUAUGGAUUUUGCCGCAGCUGAACAUAAAUGGACUGCCGAAUUGUGUAAUAAAGAUUCUGAUGGUGAUGGAAUAACAAAUGGACAAGAAUUGGGAGAUCCAGAUUGUGUUUGGAGUAAAGAUCAAAUCCCCUCUCGUACUGUUAACUUAUCACAUCCUGGUGUCUGUGAACCAUGGACUGAUUUUAAAUGUAAAGAUCAACUGAAUUGGGUGGCUUCUACUUGUGAAUUUGAAAAAUUUACUUGUCCGGGAAUAAAUGACGUUGAAGUAAAACAAAAGGAAAUUCGAUUCCCUAUCACACCUGUACCUUCAAAUGAGACCAGUUAUAUUUGUAUGGAAUUUGAUUUGGAUACAAGUGAUGACUUUCAUUUGAUAGCAACUGAAGCAUUGGUUAAUAAUUCCAAUGUAAUGCAUCAUGCUGUUUUGUUUGGCUGUGCUUCAGAUGACCAUGAUAUCAAAGAUACGCCACAUCAAUGUGGAAUGGUGGCCAGUGAUGAAUGUCAACAAAUUAUGAGUAUCUGGGUGUUAGGGAGUGCUGGGCAAUGUUUUCACGAUAAAGUUGGAUUUAGAAUUGGAAAUCAGGGUAUAAAACGAGUCGCCCUGCAGUUUCAUUGGAACAAUCCUACUUUGCGGAAUGAUUAUGUUGAUUCUUCUGGUAUGAUUUUAUAUUAUACUGCUAAAAAACGAGAAAACGAUGCCGGAGUGUUGACAAUUGGAGCCCAAUAUCUGCAUAUUCCACCAUUUACUACUCGUGUUGAAGAUACAUCAGAAUGUCCUGGUUCCUGCACUAAACAUUUUAUAACAGAUAAAGUAUAUGUAGUUUCUGCUUUCAAUCAUAUGCAUUAUCUUGGUCGAUCCCAGCAGAUACAAGUAUUUAGAAAUGGUACAAAAAUAAUUGACAUCACAAACGAUGUAGAAUAUAACUAUGAUAGUCCGGUGAUUCACAAUCAGGAGAAUCCAAUAGAAUUAUUACCAGGUGACACUCUCUCUACUACCUGUACUUUCUCGUCUAAGAAUAAAGCUGCGACGACUUAUUUUGGUGAUGCUACAAGUGAUGAGAUGUGUUUUGGGUUUAUAACUUAUUAUCCAAGACAAAAUGUGAUGCUGGAUUUUUGCACUUCAUGGAAGUCUCUGGCAUUUUGUCACAUCGCUGAAUACCCAGAAGAGAAUCCAUUUAAAGGAUGCAACUUCACAACUUUUGGAACAUUAAAAGAUGACGAAAACUUCAAAUUUACACAGAUUAUUCCCUCUUGUGGCAAUUCGAGCCAAGUUUGUUCAUCAGAAUGUAAGUCGUAUGUUGAUACGAUGUUCGCACACCCAUGUAUGGUAAAUAAUGAUUUACGAGAUUAUUUUUACACUAGAUGGAAUUAUGAUCCUGUAGGUAGGGAACUUGUUCAACUCUUGACAACUUGCUACCUACAAACGACAGAAUCUCCUACAACCACAGACGUCAAUAGCAGUAAUGGUAUCCACCAGAUGAGAAUUUUAAUUCUAAUAUUUGUCAUGUUCAGCAUUAAACUCUCAUGUUGAUUGUAGCAUGUCUUUGUUGUUAAGUACUAUACAGAUUUUUCAUAUUUAAUCUCAAUGACCAACGAGGCGUUUUAAAAAAAUUGAAGCAAAUAAUGGCCAUACUUUGUUUAUUUAGGACAUGUUUAAUUGUUUUUUUUAUUUUAUGAUUUAAUUGUAUCCAUUUUUCAUUUUUGUUUUCUGAAUUAAAAUUUUUGCUUACUAUUUUUCAUUGUUUGCUGAAUUAUUUAAUUCA